AUGAACCUGGCUGACCUGCAGAUAAAGGCCAGCUCAGCUUCCCUAAAAAGCUCCUGGGCCAGUUGGCAAAGAGAUGACCAGCAGAAAGAAAGCAGCUCCCUCAGACCUCUAGACUCCCUGUCAGAAGCUCUAGGAAACAGGGUUGGGGAUGAAGAGGUCGUGGUGCGCCCGGCCGCGGUGGGCCCGCGGGCGGCGGCGAGGAGCCUGGGCUUGGGCAGCCAGCACGACAGCCCUGUGGACCGGAGGCUGCGGGCCUGCCCCGCUGGUCGCUCCCAGUCCGCCUCGAGGAAAGGGCACCCGCUGCGUCUCCGCGCCCGGACCCCUGCCGAGCCGCCCUCGCCACCACCUCGCCCCGAGAGCCGCCGCGCGCCGCUUAGGCAGAAUCUACCAGCGCGCCGCGCCCCAACACUGCCGGCUCCGGGAAGCCGCCGCCCGCAAGGACACCUCUCCGUCCCGCCUCGUCCGCAACUCCGGCCCUCGUCGGGCUCCACGCGAACCAAGAGUCGGGACGCCUCGGUGCGCGCGGCGCCGCAGCCGAAGCGGCCCCCGCUGCCCGCUCUCCGAGCCAACUCCUCCUCGGACCUGGGACUCCACACGCGGAUCCUCAGCGACUUCUUCUUCUCACCUCGGGGCUACCCGGGUCUCCCCGCUCACCUUCCCGCUGCCCUCCACCGCUCAGGACGGGGACCCCCGGCCCGGCCCCCGGGGGAGGAGGAGGAAGACGACGAGGCCGAGGGGGGAAUGUCCGGCUCCCAAAGCGUGAGCCCCCCGGGCUACGCGGCGCAGACAGCAGCGCCGACGUCCCGGGGAGGCCCGGAGCACCGUUCGGCGUGGGGGGAGGCCGAUUCCCGCGCCAAUGGCUAUCCCCAUACCCCCGGGGGCUCCACGCGCGGCUCCACCAAGAAACCCGGGGGGGCGGUGACCCCGCAACAGCAGCAGCGCCUGGCCAGCCGCUGGCGCGGCGGCGACGACGACGACGAUCCUCCGCUGAGCGGCGACGAUCCCCUGGCUGGGGGCUUCGGUUUCAGCUUCCGCUCCAAGUCAGGCCGCGCGGCCGACGAGCUGGAGGCCGGCGCCGCCGUCGAGGGCGGCGAAGGGUCCAGGGAUGGCGGCAAUUCGGCAGGCUCAGGCUCGGGGCCCGGCGCAGUGCUGUCGCUGGGUGCCUGCUGCCUGGCCAUACUGCAGGUGUUCCGUUCCAAGAAGUUCCCGUCGGACAAGCUGGAGAGGCUGUAUCAGCGCUACUUCUUCCGCCUGAACCAGAGCAGCCUCACCAUGCUCAUGGCCGUGCUGGUGCUCGUGUGCCUGGUCAUGCUGGCCUUCCACGCGGCGCGGCCUCCACUCCAGUUGCCCUACCUGGCCGUGCUGGCAGCCGCCGUGGGUGUGAUCCUCAUCAUGGCCGUGCUCUGCAACCGCGCGGCCUUCCACCAGGACCACAUGGGCUUGGCCUGCUAUGCGCUCAUCGCCGUGGUGCUGGCCGUCCAGGUGGUGGGCCUGUUGCUGCCCCAACCGCGCAGCGCCUCGGAGGGCAUCUGGUGGACGGUGUUCUUCAUCUACACCAUCUACACGCUGCUGCCUGUGCGCAUGCGGGCUGCGGUGCUCAGCGGGGUGCUGCUGUCUGCUCUCCACCUGGCCAUCGCCCUACACACCAAUGCCCAGGACCAGUUUCUGCUCAAGCAGGUAGGGGCCCAGAUGGCCACUGGGACUGGAUUAAAUCUUUUGGGAGCAUGCACUCAUUUUAGUCCGUCUGAGAUCUCUGAAAGGGAAGCAGGCUGGGAAACUAGAGGGUACAGAGUGCAUCUGCAGCAUUGCAGUAGGUGCAGUGAGCGGCUCCUUCUGUCUGUCCUUCCCCGUCACGUUGCCAUGGAGAUGAAAGCAGACAUCAACGCCAAGCAGGAGGAUAUGAUGUUCCACAAGAUUUACAUCCAGAAGCAUGACAACGUGAGCAUCCUUUUUGCCGACAUCGAGGGGUUCACCAGUCUGGCAUCCCAGUGCACUGCUCAGGAGCUGGUCAUGACUCUCAAUGAGCUCUUCGCCCGCUUUGACAAGCUGGCCGCGGAGAAUCACUGUUUACGGAUUAAGAUCCUGGGGGAUUGCUACUACUGUGUCUCCGGGCUGCCUGAAGCCAGGGCUGACCAUGCCCACUGCUGUGUGGAGAUGGGCAUGGAUAUGAUCGAGGCUAUCUCGUUGGUCCGGGAAGUGACAGGGGUGAACGUGAACAUGCGCGUGGGAAUUCACAGCGGGAGAGUACACUGCGGUGUCCUUGGUCUCAGGAAGUGGCAGUUCGACGUCUGGUCUAACGACGUCACGCUGGCCAACCACAUGGAGGCUGGUGGCAAGGCUGGACGCAUCCACAUCACCAAAGCCACACUCAACUAUCUGAAUGGGGACUACGAGGUGGAGCCAGGCUGUGGGGGCGAGCGCAACGCCUACCUCAAGGAACACAGUAUUGAGACCUUCCUCAUCCUGCGCUGCACUCAGAAGCGGAAAGAAGAAAAGGCCAUGAUCGCUAAGAUGAACCGCCAGAGAACCAACUCCAUUGGGCACAACCCUCCACACUGGGGCGCUGAGCGCCCCUUCUACAACCACCUGGGUGGCAACCAGGUGUCCAAGGAGAUGAAGCGGAUGGGCUUUGAAGACCCCAAGGACAAGAAUGCCCAGGAAAGUGCAAACCCCGAAGAUGAAGUGGACGAAUUUCUGGGCCGGGCCAUCGAUGCCAGGAGCAUUGACAGGCUGCGAUCUGAGCAUGUCCGCAAGUUCCUGUUGACUUUCAGGGAGCCUGACUUAGAGAAGAAGUACUCCAAGCAGGUGGAUGACCGAUUUGGUGCCUAUGUGGCAUGUGCCUCGCUUGUCUUCCUCUUCAUCUGCUUUGUCCAGAUCACCAUCAUGCCCCACUCCCUGUUCAUGCUGAGUUUCUACCUGACCUGUUUCUUGCUGCUGACCUUGGUGAUGUUUGUGUCCAUGAUCUACUCCUGCGUGAAGCUCUUCCCCACCCCACUGCAGACCCUCUCCAGGAAGAUCGUACGCUCCAAGAUGAACAGCACCCUGGUUGGCGUAUUCACCAUCACUCUUGUGUUCCUUUCAGCUUUUGUCAACAUGUUCAUGUGUAACUCCAAGGACCUGGUGGGCUGCCUGGCCCAGGAGCACAACAUCACCAAGAGUCAGGUCAACGCAUGCCAUGUGGUGGAGUCGGUCUUCAACUACAGCCUGGGUGAUGAGCAGGGCUUCUGUAGGAGCCGCUGGCCCAACUGCAAUUUUCCCGAGUACUUCACCUACAGCGUGCUGCUUACCCUGCUGGCCUGCUCCGUGUUCCUGCAGAUCAGCUGCAUCGGGAAGCUGGUGCUCAUGCUGGCCAUAGAGCUCAUCUACGUGCUUGUCGUAGAGGUCCCCGGUGUCACACUCUUCGACAAUGCUGACCUGCUGGUUACCGCCAAUGCCAUAGACUCUAGCAACAACAACGGGACCUCCCAGUGCCCUGAGCAUGCAACCAAGGUGGCGCUGAAGGUGGUGACGCCCAUCAUCAUCUCAGUGUUCGUGCUGGCCCUGUACCUGCACGCUCAGCAGGUGGAGUCCACUGCCCGCCUAGACUUCCUCUGGAAACUGCAGGCCACAGAGGAGAAAGAGGAGAUGGAGGAGCUGCAGGCCUACAACCGGAGGCUGCUGCACAACAUUCUGCCCAAGGACGUGGCCGCCCACUUCCUGGCCCGUGAGAGGCGCAACGAUGAGCUCUACUAUCAGUCCUGCGAGUGUGUGGCCGUCAUGUUCGCUUCCAUCGCCAACUUCUCCGAGUUCUAUGUGGAGCUUGAAGCCAACAACGAGGGUGUCGAGUGCUUGAGGCUGCUCAAUGAGAUCAUCGCAGACUUUGAUGAGAUCAUCAGUGAGGACCGGUUCAAGCAGCUGGAAAAGAUCAAGACCAUCGGCAGCACUUAUAUGGCCGCCUCAGGCCUCAACGACUCCACCUAUGACAAGGUGGGCAAGACCCACAUCAAAGCCCUGGCGGACUUCGCCAUGAGGCUGAUGGACCAAAUGAAGUACAUCAACGAGCACUCCUUCAACAACUUCCAGAUGAAGAUCGGACUCAAUAUUGGCCCUGUAGUGGCCGGGGUGAUUGGGGCUCGCAAGCCUCAGUAUGACAUCUGGGGUAAUACGGUGAAUGUGGCCAGCCGCAUGGACAGCACUGGUGUGCCUGACCGCAUCCAGGUCACCACAGACAUGUACCAAGUGCUGGCUGCCAACACGUACCAGCUGGAGUGCCGAGGCGUGGUCAAGGUCAAAGGCAAAGGCGAGAUGAUGACCUACUUUCUCAAUGGAGGGCCCCCCCUCAGUUAGCAGCUGCCAGCCAGUGGUGCCAGCAGCCUGGCCUCCAGAGGGAAGGAAACCGCUUCUUAUUGCACCACGUGGGCAGGUGGGGGAGCCAGACCCCAGCCACAUAGCCAUGCUGGUGAGAUUUCCACUUUAACUCAGAAGCAGCCUCUGCCUUUGCUGGUGGGUGUGGCCUCCGGCCAGGGCCCUGGUGCCAGCGUCCUGCGAGCACCAAGCUGACCAAAGAUGUUUCUGCAGAAGACUCCGCUAGACU